AUGCUUGAGAUCUCAUCCCAGGACGAGCUCAUGGAGAUUAAGCUCAUUGAAGGGGAAGCUGGGAAGGGGACCAAGGUGGGCCGCCAUCUCCGGGAGGACAUUCAAGCAACCUUCAUCACUAUGUUGAGGGAGUACUCAGACAUUUUCGCAUUUUCCGCCGACGACCUGAUUGGCCAAGCACAUGCUAAAUAUAGACCGAUGAUGAAGUUGCUGGACGAGACUAGUGGGGUGUGGGUGGGGAUGGGGCCCACUGAUGUGGGUGGUUGGGGAAAUGAUAGGGGUGGGAGAGGGGAUGUUGUUUGGGUUAGGGAUCUGUUAUUGAGCAAUGAUAGAGCUUGGAAUAAAAACCUAAUUUUGAAUUUAUUCUCAGCUAAAGAAGCAGAGGAAAUUCUCAAGAUCCAACUGGAUAUUACGGAAAGCAAAGACAGAUUUGUGUGGCAUUGGGACAACAAAGGGAAAUUUUCAGUUAAAUCAUGUUAUAAAGCUCUCUUGUUCAAAAAGCAACAGGACAAAGGCACGCCGGAAUCCAGCAAUGGAGCAAAAUUCUCAAUCAAUAUUUGUAAGCAGCUAGCUUUGGAAGCUAUUAAUUUGGGGGUUAACCAUGAAUGGCUUGUAAAUUUUCCUGUCAGGAAGAGAGUAGAGGGAGAGAAUCCUGAUGAUGCUGCAGAGGAAGAAGACAAUAUAGGUACAAGGGGGGUUAUCAUGCCACCACCAUUGCUUCCCAUUUUUGUGAUCCAAUUUGUGAAUCCAGGCAAAAAACGAAUGUCUUCACCUCUGGAUUAA